AUGGGAUUGAUCGAGGCGACCCAGUUGUGCGAGCUUCCUGCUACAUUGUGGUCUUCUCUCGGGCUUCCUUUGCUCAUUUCCGAAUUAAGCAUGGGGAAGAAUACCGUGCAAACAAUGUGCUGAUGAGGAAAAUGUUGAAUCAGCCUUAAAAUCGUUUAUUUUUUUUUUAAUGGACUGCGGUGAACUAAAGGCACAACUAAAGGGUCUAAUAUGGAAUAUGUCCGUCAGUUUUUUUCCUGGAUGGGAUCAGCUGACACAUCAGGAAGACAUCAACAGAAACUGAUCUGGUCAAAGAAGAUGCUUCAUCAAAUAUUCAUCUCUCAAUCGCUUUCCACUUUGCUUUCUUUUUGGCCAGACCAGGAUCAUAAUGUUCAAGAUUUCAGGAAUUCGGACAUGUUAUAAGAGUCAAGAUUUUCUGUCCUCUUUCUAUUUGAGAUUUCACUUACUGCAUGCAUCAUAAAAUUGUUUAACCACAAGAGCCAUAAUGCGUAUCAGUUUUUGUCAGGCUCUGUUAACAGGAGCAAUAAUUUUGAAUUUGCUCAUCCUAUAUUAUGUCUCACGGGCCCAGCAGCAGAUGAUGGAGAAGCGUCGGGAACAAAGUAAAGGCUUAAAGAAAGCCUCUCUGCCUGUGGCAGGACUGGGAGCUAUGGGUAAUCUGGUAGGUGGAAGCAUUGUUGGAGGCGCCAAAAUGGGAGGCCUUGAGGGCAACAUGCGUGGUCCACGCGUCACGAUCCUCGUUCUUGAAUUUGAAGACUUUGAAAACUACGUUGGUGAUGUUGCACGCUCCUUUUUGCGCCAGAGACCAGAGUUGCCCUUCCUCGCUGUAGCUGAAAGUCCACCGUACCCUCCUCUGGCGCUUCCAGAGGGAGCCCGGCUCCUGGUGUUGUCGCCAAGCCCUGACCAGCCUCCACAAACUCACCGUCCCGAGUUCAAUGUGCAGACGGAGUUUGUUUUGUUAGUUCCAGAUGGCGUCGAGCUGGACCACGGCCGACAAAUCGAGCGUCUCAUUCGGGAACUGGAAGGGGAAGGUGGCGGGCCGGUCCGACUCGUUGCCGCCCCCGUGCUGACCCGCUUGGCGGUGCAGUGCCUGCACCUUCGGGUGAAUCUGCGGGAAUGGACCGCGACCUACACCCCUGCGGCCUCAGGGAGCAGCGGCAGCGUCUGCACAGCCCUGCAGGGAGACGCCGUGGUUCUUAUCCGCACCGAGGACCUCUUCAAUCUCUCGGUUCCCUUAGGGCGCCCCCUCAUGUCUUCCUUGUUUGUCCAAACUUCUCUGCGUGGUUGGAAGGUCAAGCUCCUUGAGGGACCUUCGUUCUCUGCAAGUCAUCGCCCGCUGUUUAGCUCAGCGCACAACCAGUGGAAGGCGGACAGUCGCCUGAAAGACGCCACCAAUCACCUCAUGCGUAGCUUCGGGCUGAAGCGUGUGGUGCUGCCUGAUGGUCGGGAUCAGUGGUUUGGCUGUAGUAAAGAGACCGCGCGAUGUUUCGGCACAGUGCGUGACGAUACACCGGAAUACCUCUACCUAGAGCGCUGGACUCCUCCUUGCUGUAUGCGCUCCCUACGAGAGACCACUAAGUAUGUUAUCAAUAUCUUGGAAAGCUCUGGUGUGCGUUACUGGCUGGAAGGGGGUUCCUUGUUGGGAGCAGCCCGACACCAGGAUAUAAUCCCAUGGGACUACGACGUGGAUUUAGGCAUCUACUUGGAGGACAUUCCGAAUUGCGAAUACCUAAAGAACCUGGACUCCGGCUCACUGGUGGAUGCUAAUGGCUACGUGUGGGAGCGAGCGGUCGAGGGCGACUUCUAUCGUGUGCAGUAUAGUGAAGCCAACCAUUUGCAUGUGGACUUGUGGCCCUUCUACCCCCGCAAUGGAGUUAUGACCAGGGACACUUGGACGGAGCACAAACAAGACGUGGAGUUCCCAGAGCAUUUUUUGCAACCCCUGGUGCCAAUGCAGUUCGCCGGCAUCACCGCUUAUGGUCCGAACAACCACCGUGCUUUCUUGGAACUCAAGUUUGGGGAAGGGGUUAUUGAGAACCCCCAGUAUCCGAACCCUGCCAAGAAAAGACUGGACAGGAGUCGCACGUUAGGACCGUAACAAGCAGUAACUUGAUGUGCCACAAUUCCACAACAUUGCAUUUGUUGCAUUUCUGACAUUUUAAACUUUGUAGAGUAUUACUAUCAGAUUGAAGGUUUUGAAGGCUGUGUCCGAUCACUUGAACGUUCGCAUUUCUUGCCGAUUUAAUUUAUUGUAUGUGUGUUGUGGUUUGGGGAGUCAUGAGUCCCAAAAGUAGUCUAAAUAUACUGUAUGUAACAAUGGUAAUACAAGUUCUAAAAUCUUAAGGAUGUAAUAUUUCACACGGCAGCAUCCCAGGAAUUCACAAACAACGGUCAAAUCUUUUUUUUUUUUUUUUUUGUAGUACAUGAACAUCAAUAUA